GCAUAUAUCAAGCAUAAUAAAAGUAAAAAAAAGAUCUUAAUGCAACAAUACAAUCAAUCUGAUGAUUUGAAGAAAAAUAAUAGAAUACAUACUUGUGAAAAGCCAUAUUCUUGUAAAGAAUGUGGUAAGAGCUUCAAUCAAUUAGGUGCAUUGAAGAAACACAAUAAAAUACAUACUGGUGGAAAGCCAUAUUCUUGUAAAGUAUGUGGUAAGAGCUUCAAUCGUUCAAGUGAUUUGAAGAGACACAAUAAAAUACAUACUGGUGAAAAGCCAUAUUCUUGUAAUGAAUGUGGUAAGAGUUUCAAAGAAUCAGGUGCAUUGUGUAAACACACUAAAAUACACACUGGUGAAAAACCAUAUUCUUGUAAAGUAUGUGGUAAGAGCUUCAAACAAUCAGGUGCGUUGAAGAUACACGAUAGAAUACACACUGGUGAAAAACCAUAUUCUUGUAAUGCAUGUGGUAAUAGCUUUAAUCAAUUAGCUGCUUUGAAGAUCCACAUAAGACUUCACACAGGUGAAAAGCCAUAUUGUUGUGAUGCAUGUGGUAAGAGCUUCAUUAAAUCAGGAGAAUUGAAGAUACACUAUAGAAUACACACUGGUGAAAAGCCAUAUUCUUGUAAGGGAUGUGGUAAGAGCUUCCAUCGUUCAAGUGCAUUGAAGAGACACAAUAUAUUACACACUGGUGAAAAACCAUAUUCUUGUAAAGUAUGUGGUAAGAGCUUCAAUCAAUCAGGUGUGUUGAAGAUACACGAUAGAAUACACACUGGUGAAAACCCAUAUUCUUGUAAAGUGUGUGGUAAGAGCUUCAAGCAAUUAAGUGUAUUGAACACACACACUAGAAUACACACUGGUGAAAAGCCAUAUUCUUGUAAAGUAUGUGGUAUGAGCUUCAAUCAAUCAGGUGCGUUAAAGAUACACAUUAGAAUACACACUGGUGAAAAACCAUAUUAUUGUAAUGAAUGUGGUAAGAGCUUCAAUCAAUCAGCUGAUUUGAAGAUACACCAAAGACUUCACACUGGUGAAAAGCCAUAUUCUUGUAAAGUAUGUAGUAAGAGCUUCAAUCAAUUAGGUGCAUUGAAGAGACAUAAUAAAAUACACACUGGUGAAAAGCCAUAUUCUUGUAAUGAAUGUGGUAAGAGUUUCACUAACUCAGAAGAUUUGAAGAUACACAAUAUAAUACAUACUAGUGGAAAGCCAUACUCUUGUAUAGUAUGUGGUAAGAGCUUCAAUCGUUUAAGUUAUUUGAAGACACACAAUAGAAUACAUACUGGUGAAAAGCCAUAUUCUUGUAAAGUAUGUGGUAAGAGCUUCAAACAAUCAGGUGCAUUGAGGAUACACGAUAGAAUACACACUGGUGAAAACCCCUAUUCUUGUAAAGUAUGUGGUAAGAGCUUCAAGCAAUCAGGUGCGUUGAAGAAACAUAAUAAAAUACACACUGGUGUAAAGCCAUAUUCCUGUGAAGUAUGUGGUAAAGGCUUCAAUAAAUCAAUUAAUUUGAUUAUACACAAUAGUAUUCAUACUGGUGAAAAGCCAUAUUCUUGUAAAGUAUGUGGUAAGAGCUUCAAACAAUCAGGUACAUUGAAGAUACACAAUAGAACACACACUGGUGAAAAACCAUAUUCUUGUAAAGUAUGUGGUAAGAGCUUCAAUGAAUCAAGUCCGUUGAAUAAACACAAUAAGAUACAUACUGGUGAAAAGCCAUAUUCUUGUAAAUUAUGUGGUAAGAGCUUCAGUCAAUCAAGUGCAUUGACGAGACACAAUAGAAUACACACUGGUGAAAAGCCAUAUACUUGUGAUGAAUGUGGUAAGAGCUUCAAUAGUUCAAGUGCAUUGAAGAGACACAAUAGAAUACACACUGGUGAAAAGCCAUAUUCUUGUGAUGAAUGUGGUAAGAGCUUCAAUAAUUCAAGUGCAUUGAAGAGACACAAUAUAAUACAUACGGGUGAAAGGCCAUAUUCUUGUUAAGUAUAUGGUAAGAGCUUCAAUCAAUCAGGUGUGUUGAGAUACACAAUAGAAUACACACUGGUGAAAAACGUAUUCCUAGUAAUGAAUAUGGUAAGAGCUUCAAUCAUUCAUGUGAUUUGAAGUUACAUUUAUAGAUUUGUGUACGUCCUAGGAAGACUCAUGAGAAUUGCUUCGAAUAAGUAAUCUUUAAUGGCGUACCAUGGAUAUAUCGUUUCAGUACUCAGAUACGAUCUUCUCAUCUGGGGAAAUGGCACAGGAGUACAUCAAGCAUAUGUUGCUAAAAAAAAUGUAUUCGUUGUAUAUGUGGAGUUGGCCCGAUCUAUUCAUGUAAAAACUUAUUUGAAAAGACAAAUAUUUUGACAUUGCGCAAUAUGUAUAUUUGAAGCAUGUAAAUUUGUAAAACAAAGUAAUAAUUUAUUUAAGUUUAUGGCCUCUGCCUAUAAAAUUAUUUAAUCAUCUACCUCUAGAAAUAAGAAACUUACCACAGAAACAAUUUACUGGACUCCUGUUUAAAUGGUUAAUUGACAAAAAAAAAUUAUAGUGUUAAGGAUAUUUUAAAUUUUAAGUACACAUUAUGCAUGCUAAUUUAAAUUCGCCGAAUAGAAGACACUACAAUAAAUUUAAGAUAUAUAAUGUAUACUGUAUUCGACUCAAUAAAUAAAUUUCAUUUCAUAAUAGAUUUCAUACUGGUGAAAAGCCAUAGUCUUGUAAAGUAUGUGGUAAGAGCUUUAAUGAAUCAGGUCUAUUGAAGAGACACAAAAGAGUACAUACUGGCGAAAAGCUGAUUCUUGAAAUGAAUAUGGUAAAAAACACAAACACUCAGCUGAGGAUAUUUUCUGUUUCGUCGAAAAUUUCUGAAUUUCAGGGUAGGGACUUGUAUGUUUACUGUAGAGUUGGGUGCUUAUCAAACUUGAAAAUUAAUAUAUAUAUAUAUAUAAACACCUCUUUGCACACUUAGUUGAUCCAGCCACGACCCCGUACAUUGCUGAUUCCGCCUUUUCCACUGUAACUGAAAAUCGUGACGAUUUGCUAUAAGAUUUCUCUCAUACGUCGAUAAAGAAGUUUCACUUCAAAAACAUACCAAAAUAUUGAGAACUUCCUCUUUUUUUGAAGUCGGUUAAUAAAGAGUGGCCGUUAAUGUUCUCACGAGCUUAUUCCGAACAUAUAGUAAAUUCAGUAAUUAGUUAGUUAGUUUAGUUAGCUUAGUUUAAGCCUAAUUGAAUUAAGAAUAUUUGACUUUGAAAUAUCUACCAAUAAACACAAAAAGCUUUCCCAGCGGAGGAACUCGGCUUAGAUAGUCACUUAUAGUUCACUAUAGUACUUUCAUAGCUGGCAACAUAUUUUUUUAGUGUCGUUUGAUUUAUUUACAAAAUAUUUGCUGUUUGACGAACGUAUUAGCUUAAAUUAAAAGUUGUGUGAUAGUAUUUAGAUGUAAAAUGUGAUUAUCUUAUCUUAAUUUUUAUUAUAAGACGCUUUGACACGCUUUG